AUGAGUCCGUCUCUGAGAGACCACAUCACCCGUCCGUCCACCCGCGACCGCCCCGUCACCCGCGAUCAAGGAGAAAAUUCGCUGGUCGUUCCUAGUCGCACCUCCUCGCUUCAUUCCCGCAUCACCCAGCCUAUCCCUUCGCAAAUGAAUGCCAAACCCGCCCAGCGCACCCCCAAGACCCUCACCCAUGCCUACAUGGUCUGCGGCGUGGGCCGCGAACCCUCCCAAUGGGUCAAGGCUCCCGCUCCCGCUCAGGGCAAGAUCGGUCAUAUGAAGGGUGCCGUCGGUCAGUUCUGGCUGCCUGAGAUUCUGGGGAGCAGUCCCCGUCUGGAACAGGACAAUGAAGUGGCCAAGUCGUUGCACUCGGCGAUGCGAGCCUGUUUCCCCCAUGAUGUCGAAAUCUGCACCGGCAAGAGCCAGCCGCACUGCGUUCACCACGCUUUCGUCCUGCAGCAGGAUUCCUCCCACACUCUCUACGGUAUCGCUCUCCGGGUGUGGUCGCGGGCCGACGAGAAGCGCGCCGAAACCAUCCGCGAACUGCGAAAGAAGACCGAAUCGGAUUACUACGACAACCCCGACGAGACCUACUGGAUCCCCUACUGUCUGAGCUUCCUCUCGCGAUACCCCCUUUACGACCUCCUGGGCGACUACCUGCGCGGCAUGUGGAUCCAUUGGAACAAGGCCACCAACCUCUUCCACGCCGAAGAGGUGUCCCGCAUCCUGAGCUUUCCCGCCCCGCGCUUGAAUGACCUGGUCCGCAUCGACAUGAAGGAUUAUGCUUUGUGCUACCAGUUCCCCUCGUCGCCCACCGGUUUCCAGAACUUCUCCAUGUGGCCCCUUUUCAACUGCUUGUCGAUUCCCAACAUUGUGGGCGUGAUCGAGGCGGCCGUGUCCCCCACUCGUCGCAUCAUCUUCGUCAGUCACUACUCCGCCAUGCUCACCAUCGCCGCCGAGACGAUUCGCUAUUGCGUGCGGGUCUACGAAUGGAGUGGCCUGUACGUCCCGAUGGUGCACGCCCGCCACAUCAAGGAACUGGUGCAAGAGCCCGGUCCGUACAUCCUCGGUGUGACGGCGGAAUGCCGCACGCUCUUCAACGCCCCCUCAGAUGCCCUGGUCGUUGACCUGGAUCGGAACUUUGUGCUCACCUCGAGCCCGCCCAACGUGCUGAACCCGGGCCAGCGUACCAAGUUCAUCAACCGGUUGACGCAGGCGUUGAACGGUGACAUCACCCCGACUGGCGUCCCGCCCCAUCUGCGCUCGGCCUAUGCCGGCGGCAAACUCAUCCCCGCCGGACAGAUCAUCGUCAUGCGCGGAGAGGUGGAGAGCGUCCAGGAGCCCGAGUGGUGGAACCAGGACUCCGUCAUGGGCAUCAUGGACCACGUGUGCGAGAAGCUGGGCCGCAACACCGGCAUGAAGGCCAUCUUCGGCGGUUCCGUCAAGAAGCCCCUCAUGACCAAGGUCUCGAUGCGCCACCUCAACGAGAUCGUGCGCGAGCGCAACCAGUACUCCCGCGACGCCAUGGAGGCCUGGCAGGACUUCAUCAACCUCAAGGGACGCAUGGACACCGAGAUCGGCAAGGUCACCAAGCGCAACAACUUCCUGGUCGAGGAGCUCGAGACCUGGAAGCAGCAGUUCCUCAAGUUCCAGGCCUUCGCCGAGCAGCUCACCAAGGAGACUUCGGAGCUCAAGGUCAAGAUCGAGACCCACAAGCGCGAGAACCGCCGCCUCAGCGGCAUGAUCGACCAGCAGAAGGACGACGUGGCGCGUCUCACGCUCCGUCUGUCGGGCACCGAGAAGCAGCGCGACGACGCACUCGAGGCCCUGGUCCUCCAGCAGGAGAUCGCCGAGGAGCUCGAGCGGGAGCGCAAGCGCAACCAGAACGAGCUCUCCUCGUUGCAGCACACCAACUCGUCGCUGGCACGCCAGCGCGACGACGCGCAGCGCGUCGUCUUGCACCUGCGCAGCCUCAUCAACGGGCAGUCGCACCACAUGGAGCACAUUGUUCGCUCCAUCGGCAGCGCAACCGAGCUGCAGGAACUCGCCACGCAGGAGGCCGCCGUCGAGAAGACCAAGGAGGUCGAGUCCGACAUCGAGACCCUGCGGGAGUCGACGCCCUCGCGCCCCGCGUCGGAGACGCCCACCAAGGCGAUGCCGAACAUGACCCCCGAGCUCGAGCAGCACCUCCUGAGCAUGGGCAGUGGAAGCAACCGCCUCGCCCGUCUCAGCAUCACCGAUGUCGCGGAUCGUUACCUGCGCGACAAGACGGAUUCGAUCUCGGACAUCAUCCGCAGCAUCAGCGAGCAGUGCGCCGCCGCCGUAGAGGGCCUCCAGCUCGCCCAGGACGCCGAGGACGACGAAGACUCCGCCAAGAUCGAGCGCAGCGACAGCCGUCUGGCCCCCAGCGACACGCUGGACGGCCGGUCGACCCGCGACGGCAGUGAACUGGGCGACGGCGACAACCACUCGCUUCAUCCCGACCACCGCGGCUCCAGCGUGCCGCCCACGCCCGACCUGGUGCACAACCGCUCCAGCACGUCGAUGUCGAUGAUGAGCAGCUCGACCUUCCCGGAGCGGUCGAGCCAGCAGUACGGGCCGGGUGAGAUCCCGACUCGGAUCGUCGAGGACGACGACGAGCAUGCUCACGAGACCGACGGUCUGGAGGACCACACCGCCAGCGGAUCGCUGUCCAAGCAGAACAGCGAGAACCUCAUGCGGGCCAGCAACCCUCGCAUGGUGGCAUAA